GCUCUGGCAGGUGCUCCCUCCCAACCGCACUGAGGCGCUUGGCCCCAGGGCCAUCAGUCGAUUAGGGGCGCUCUCCUGGAUAGCUGCACCAGCCUCCUCUGGGCUCUUCCACGCACUCCUCCAGGCUCCCUUUCCUGGUUCCUCCCUCCUUCCCAUCCUCUCCCCCGGUUGUCCCGAACUUCCUCCCUCCAGAGACAAACUUUGCCGCCUCCUCUCAACACAGUGGCAGAAAGUUGCGAGCGCCGCAGAGCAGCUAAGCGGUACCUGUGCCGGCGCCGACUUCCCCGGUCGCAGGUUCGGUGUACGGGCGUCCUGAACCCCGACACCUUACUUGCCACCGAAGGUUGCGAGGGAAUCGUGGGCCUGGGAGGAGACAGAGUGUUAGGCAGAGAGCGAGAGUCCCUGCGAGACUGCCUAGGCUGUGCUCCUCUCAUGGAAUAACUCGGUAUCUCCGAGGCCCUAGGACGGGUCUCAGGGGAAGAGGGCGGCCCUGCGCUGAGAGAGUAGCAAGGGAGGGGGCCGGGAAGAGGCGGGAGGGUCAGAAUCCAGAGGUAAGAAGUCAGAAGACAGAGUUCAGAUCUUUUACCUUAAACCCUUGACCUCCCCCCUUCCCCGCCCCUUCCCUGCCUUUUUCUUCGGAACGAGGAGCGAAAGGACUCAGAGGGAAGCGAGAGUGCGCACUGCACUCUGUGCCCCAAGAUGUUUGCGCCCCGUCAUGGCCAUGGUGCCCUGGCUGUCUUGGCUUUCCGCUUCCUGAUCACCCUGCUCUGGACUCCAGGUCUUGCCAAUAAAGAGACCAUGAUGAAGCCAGAACUGAGCAUUCUUGGAGAUCAAGUGGUGAUCCAGGCUGGUGGAACAUUUGACAUCACCUGCAGGGCGCUGGCUGCCGUUACCUGGACUUGGGGCACUGGGUCUGCAGGAAGUCGGGCCCGCAUCUUGGAGCACCCCUGCUCUGAUAACCCCCUUGUCACUUGCAGCCGGCUCACUAUCUUCCACACAGAAGCUGGUGACACGGGCUACUUUACCUGUAGCUACAAGGACAUUGCUGACAUUGAGGAUCCUAAUGACAAGGCCAGUGUGUACGUGUAUGUCAAAGAUGACAACCAGACCUUUGUGGAGACCUACUACGAAAUGCCACUGGUGAUCACUGUGUUUACUGACACCCAAGAGGUGGUUGUGCCAUGCCGAGUCACUUCUCCUGAUGUCAGUGUCAAGCUUCAGUUGUUCCACCCCACCACAUUCACCUACGUGAACCAAAAGUGGGAUCCCCGGAGAGGCUUCAUCGUGACCCGACCCUCCUACCACUUCUACAGCAGCAUCCUGCAGUGCGUCGCCGAAGUGAAUGGGAAGACACACAAGUCAUUCUAUCUCCCACAGCGUCUAGAAACCAAGAGAAAAAAUAUCUCCAUCAAAUACAACCACCAGAGACUUCUAGUGGGGGACACCCUUUUGCUACAAUGUGAUGCAGAGACCACGUACAACGGACGAAUCAAUCUGAACUGGGUGUUCAACCGGCAAAAUUCCAAGACAAUACCCAGGUGUUGUGAAAUUAAAAAAAACUUGGACCAAAGGUCCUCUGUGUACAAGAGCUAUAGUAACUUGACCAUCUGGAAUGUAACUAUGGAAGACAAGGGUGUGUACAUUUGCAGGGAAGAAGACAACACUGCCCUGCAAACCAACGUCACCAUCACAGUGUACAAGAAACCAUUCCUCAAUGUGAGCUACAAGAGAAGCCGCGUUUAUGAAGUGACAGCUGGACAAAGCGUGCUCAAAAUGGGAGUGAGGGUGGAUGCUUUCCCUCGCCCCAAUGUGACCUGGUACAAAGAUGGCAGACCACUCCCAUCAAACCAUACCUUUCAGCCCGACCCCCUUAGGUACAAACUCACAAUCCUGGAAGUGAACGUCAAGCAUGCUGGCAACUACACCUUUGCUCUGAGCAACACCAAGCACGGGCUCUACAGAAACCUCACCAUACAACUGAUUGUCAAUGAAAAACCUAAGAUCUAUGAAAAGGAUACAGAUUUGAAGAACAUCCAGCCGAUACUCCUCGGCAGUGAGAACACCCUUCGCUGUACAGCAAGUGGCCUGCCCGUGCCAUUCUUCAUGUGGGCCUGGGAACCCUGCAGCCUAAAAGACGAGCUGUGUAUGGAACGAGGCAAGCGGAUCCAUCUUUCCAAUGAGACUCUGCAAAGCGAUCUGCCUGUAGGCAACAGGAUCCUGUCCAUUGAGGAGAUGACAGUGACAAAUGGAGAAAAGACAAAGACUCUGGGCAUCCUGAAGAUACUGACCAGCAACAUUUCGGGUAUAUACUACUGCAGGGCUAUAAACAAGGCUGGCAUUGAUGAGAGAAGAAUGCAGUUCUAUGUCUCAGAUGUGGCUGGCUUCAUGGAGGCACAACCCCUGGUCUCUGUGAUUGAGGGCUAUGAUGCCCGGCUCAAAUGCAAGGCAGCGAAAUAUAUCUACACUCACCUCGCUUGGUUCAACCCCCUUGGAGAGAAGAUUCCUGUCAUGUACACGGAAAGCUUAAAAAAUAACUACUCCAUCUCACUGACGCUGGUGAUUAAGAAUGUGACCCAGAAGGACCAAGGGCAGUACCAGUGCAAAGCUUGGACCCAGAGGAACAUCACCAAGAUGAUGCAACACACCACUCAGCUCUUAAUUAGAGAAAGAGUUGCUCCGUUCAUUAUUGAGAAUCUUACCAAUAUUGAGGUCAACAUCAGCGGCAAGAUUUUCCUGAAUUGCAAUGUGAGUGGAACACCCUGGCCUAACAUCCAGUGGUUGAAAGACGGAGUUCCUAUUCUCGCGGCCUCAGGAAUCUCCUUUGACAACAACAGCCUUAUUAUUGAGCGAGCCAAAAAAGAAGAUGAGGGCGUGUAUCAGUGCAAAGCGACCAAUGAAUUGGGGGAAGUCAGCACCACAGGUCUUAUCACUGUGGAAGGCUCUGAAGACAAAUCCAAUAUUGAAGUCAUCAUUCUUGUUUGCACUGGCCUUGCAGCUACCCUUUUCUGGCUUCUUCUAACCCUGGUUAUUAGGAAACUCCGAAAGCCCAACGUGUCGGAAAUCAAAACAGGCUACCUGUCCAUCAUCAUGGAUCCCGAAGAGAUGCCCCUUGAUGAACAGUGUGAUAGGCUUCCUUAUGACGCCAGCAAAUGGGAAUUCCCUAGGGAACGGCUGCAGUUAGGCAAAAUCCUCGGUCACGGUGCCUUUGGUAAAGUGGUGGAGGCCUGUGCCUUUGGCAUCGACAGAGCUUCAACUUGCAAAACCGUGGCAGUGAAAAUGCUGAAAGAUUGUGCCACUUCCAGUGAGUUUAAGGCUUUGAUGUCGGAACUGAAGAUCCUCAUUCACAUUGGUCACCACCUCAAUGUCGUGAACUUGCUGGGUGCCUGCACCAAACCUGGAGGUCCUCUGAUGGUCAUUGUGGAAUUCUGCAAGUACGGGAAUCUGGCCGACUUUCUGAGAGGGAAGAGAGGCGAUUUUAUUGCUUCCAAGGUCCCGCUCAGUAUGGAUAGAAAGAUGAAGCCCUUUCAUGAUUCUGACUGCAAGUCCUCCCAGCUGGUCAAGCCACGUCUGGAGAGCGUGGCUAGCACAGGAAGUUCCACCAGCUCUGGCUUCAUUGAGGACAAGAGCUACAGCGAAUCCGAUGACGAGGAAGAAAGUAACCGCCACCUUCUGGGGGCCACGAUGGCCCACCGAGUAGAUUCGAAGAACCUCUAUAAGCACACCCUCACCUUGGAGGACCUGAUCUGCUACAGCUUCCAAGUGGCCAAGGGCAUGGAGUUCCUCGCUUCCAGAAAAUGUAUUCAUCGGGACCUGGCUGCUCGGAACAUCCUUCUAACUGAUAACAACAUUGUGAAGAUCUGUGACUUUGGUUUGGCCAGAGACAUCUACAAAGACCCUGACUAUGUCUGGAAAGGAGAUGCAAGACUCCCGCUUAAGUGGAUGGCACCCGAAGCCAUUUUUGACAAGGUUUAUACUAUCCAGAGCGAUGUGUGGUCCUUUGGCGUCUUGCUGUGGGAAAUAUUCUCUCUGGGCGCCUCGCCCUACCCAGGAGUGCAAAUAGACGAGGAAUUCUGCCGCCAGCUGAAGGCGGGCACACGGAUGAGAGCUCCUGAUUAUUCCACUCCUGAAAUCUACCAGACUAUGCUUGACUGUUGGCACAGUGAGUGCACUCAGAGACCCAACUUCUCUGACCUUGUCGGGCGUCUUGGAGAUCUCCUUCAGGCCAACGUUCAGCAGGAUGGCAAAGACUACAUACCUCUGAAUGGCGCCGGCGGGCCACCUACAUUCAUGAGCCUGGAUCCUGUAGAGGAGACCAUAAGCAAUAACAUCACCAUAGACGCCAGCCUGAGUUCUGUCAUGAAGAACAAGGAGUCCUUUCCAAGGGGGAAUGACAUGGAGCUUGUGAAAUAUCAUUCGGGCCUUGACGUUGAAGAGGAAGACCAGAUGAAAGAGACGUCUCUCCUGCCACUGGAUUCUACCCUCGAAUGCCACAGCCCGCCGCCCGACUACAACUCUGUGGUCCACUACAGCACUGUGCGCAUAUAACCUAGCCUCAGUGCCCCUUGCCACCCCUUUCAAACCACUCCCUCUUUUGCCUCAGAAAUCAACCAGUUCUGUUCACAUUCAGGUCAUGGUAGCAGAAUUGUGAAUUUGGGAAUAGAGAAUGGAAAAAAAAGAACACCUUGGCAGGGAAUCUCCAUUCCUCACACCUUUGGUGGGGGGGGAGCAUAGCUGGCUAAAAAGCAGGCCCCCGGGCCUGAUAGAGACACACCGUGAUGUUCAGUCCCAUUUGCCUUCCCGUUAAACACCAAUGACCCUACCUGGAUGUGCUCAGACUCACGACAACAUAGUCAAUAAUUGCAUACGUCUCACCACCCACUUUGCCCAUUACACUUUCAUGAAGGCCAUUAGAAGGAACCAUCUCUGUUAACCCCUCAAAGACCCACAGAGCCCCCGAUCAGAAACAGUGACCACAUCGUGUUCCGAUGUUGGCGAUCAGCUUCCAAACAGGGCUUUGGUGGGCGUUUACCUGGAUUUCUUUUCUUAAAAAAAUUAAGUCAGCCAUUUGUAAGACCUGAAAUGUACUAGGCUUUGCCAGUGGAGAGGAGUUGGCAGCUAUUUGCCUGUAGCGUCACCCACGAGGCAUCUCUAACACUGCAGAGCCUCCUUUGGUUUGAAGCAAUUGCUAGCAGUUCUAGUGGGAGUUGGCAAUGUCCAGUAUAUUUAGGAUGGUCUCCCUGUGAAGUACCAGUCUCCUCACUUUUCUGUUGUUCCCAUGGCAGAAAAUAUUCACUCACACUCAAUGGGGAUUUCUCAAGAAUAGAAUGCCUCUGACACAUAAGCUCCCAGAUCCACAUACGGGUCUAUGUGGGUUCAGACAAAAGCAGUGAGGGAAGGGUUUGUGCUCAGUGCCCAUCCAGAUUGGCCUGUACUUCUCUGCUUCUAGAGAUCUCCUGUCACUACCUCUCUGCCAAAGGAUGAAAAUGUAGUUCCCCUGCUGUUGGUCAGGGGUGACUGUGAUAAAUACUGGCCCUUUUCUGUAAUCUCCUCUUUGACAAGCAACUAUCCACUUGAUUCUGAUGAGGCAGGGUCCCCCACCUUCAUCCUAAGCUCUCAUCUUUGCGUUGUAUGGUGAGACUAUCCAUUGAUUUUAGAGAUAGUCAGUCUCCUCUAAUUCAUGCUCACGGCACCAAGGGAAAAGGGAGUAAGCAACAUUCUACAAACACGAGGACCUGAAAGAUGCAUGGUUCAUUCCCACUUCCCGUUUUGUGAAUGGGAAAACCAAGAACCAGAGAAAUGAAGGGGCUUGGCUGCAUGUCUCCUGACAACUGGCCCAAUGCUGUUUCCACGGGUUGGACCAUGCAGACACGUGUGCGUACACACAAACACCUCCUCUAAUGUAAAUGGUGAUGCAACUGGAAUAGAUCUCAAGAGUAGUUCUUUUCCUUCCUCAUGGAAACAGGCCUGGGCUGCUGCCAUCCUGUAGUGGCCCAAAGAAACCCAGGACUCUCAAACCCAGUUUUCACUUGUGACUCAAGAGUAUUAGUGAUGUAAAAAGCAAAUAAAGCAAGCUACUCCCAUUACUUGUCCAUUUAAGACGUUUGUAAAAAGGCCCAAAGACACAGAGGCCUGAGUCCUAGAAAAAACCCAAGUUUGGGGAUAUUCAAAACUGAGAGGUAAAUGCAAACUUGCCAAUCAUUCCCAUAACUUAGCCUAUUGACAAUACUACACACAGUUGCUGCUUGGCUCAGAAAAAGUAGUGCCAUGUGUAUGACAGAAGAAAGGAUGGGACAACCACCAGCCUCCGACUAUUACUAGAGGAGUUGCCUUCUCUCCAGGAAGUGCUCCUUUGGCAGCUGUACCGAGGGAAUUAUCUGAAUCAGCUUUGCUACUGGGCUAGGAAGACUGAGUUGAAUGGAGGAAGGUUAUAGUGAAGGGCCAAACCUGAUUCCUCCCUCUUUCCUGGCUCUGCUGAAAAAGGAUGGCUCUAGAGAUAGCAAUAAAUUGACCAUUAUGUGCCCACUUACCUGAUAUGAAAUCCCAAUCUUGAUGGUCGUCAGUUUUGCCAAAGACCAGCAUUACCUAAUACAAACUUUAUAUAGUGGGAUCCCCAGGAAUAGAGUUGAUCUUACCCUAUUUCAGAUGUCACUUAACUGGGGGAAAGAGCCUCUCAGCUGUUCAAAAAACUUCAGUAAUGCACACGGCUCUGCUACCCACUGUUUUAAUGAAGAGAAGUUGAUUCAAUAAUUUAUCCAGCAAGAGAAUUCACCUUUGGCAAGACAUGUUUAUAUUGCAUGUGCUUUAUAAAAAGCUUUUUCUCAAGGCAGACACUGACCAGAACUUCUAAGAGGACUUCAUGUAGAUACAGAGUCAAUGUUAACAUCUUCAGACAGUUCCAAGGACCCCUCACAACAGGUCUCGGGAACAGUAAUUUAUAAAGAAAUGACCACAUUCCUAUCCAGAAGAAUUUGUGAUAGGACACUUAAGCCAGCAAACAGGAACACUUCAAAGUGUUAAACUGUUAAAAAGUUUGAAGCUCUAGAUUUUGAAUUGAUAGGAUUUAUCAUUUACCUUGUUAGUUGAAUUAUGUCUUAGACUGGCUUUCCUUGAAUCAAAAACCAUGUCAGAGAGUAGGCUGUCUUGACCGAAUCACUUACAGCAAUUCCUUCCACUCCUUUACUAGUACCCUCAACUACUGAAGAGCUGUUUUGUCUCUGUCCCCCAUUCUCUAUUGGACCUCAUAUUGGGCCACAGCCAGGAAAGAUCAGCACUAAGAGAGGGCUCCUCUGUUUACUUUUUGAAGGGGGAAAACCAUCAAGAAUGUCGCUUCUCACCUGAAGGGUGCACAGAUCUCACUGCCCUCACCCAACCAUGUGAACAAGUAUGGCGAGCCAACCAGCAUCCUAUGAUCAUGUGAAAGGUUCUUGUCCACAGCCCACAGUGGAUACAUCCAGAUGUCACUGUUUUGUGUUGAGAAUUUACUAAUCUAUUGUUUUCAACUGAACUACUCUUCCUCUUGUUAGAGUGCAUUUUCAUGGAGCCAUAUACACAUAUAUACACAAGUGAUGUUUCUAAAUUGUUAUCCCAUACCAAAAGUGGCAUUUUAGAAAAGAAUGGCACCCUUUCUUCAGGCGAAACCUCACUCUGUGAGAGGAACCACCUCAUACGGAGGGAGCAUGGUUUCCAAUAAUAGGUUCAAAUGUCAGAUACCUCAAUCCUCUCUGGGAUUUACUAGACCUUAUCUUCUUACGUUGAACUCCUUCCAGUGUUCCAGGUUGGGCAAACGUUCCAUCAAACUCUGGGUAAUGCUCGUUCUGCGGAUAGCUAGCUCCCUUUCACCCAAGAGGAUGAGAAGGGGGAGGGGAGAGAAUGGAUUGGUAUUGACUCAGGGACCCAUCCAAUUAUCUGUGAGGUUCGGAAGUAGAGCUUCAAUUGUUAAGGGAGUCCAACUAACCAGGUUUCUCAGGGAUUCUUGCAUGGUCCCCAGGGGUGUUUCUAGCUACUUAUCUUUGUCUAAUUUCGUUGGUAAAGUCUAUAAGAUCUCGCAGUUAAUGAGAUGAGCUUUCCUUGUCACAUUUGCUAGACUUUUUAACUUAUUGUUUCCACACCUUGGGGACAACAAGACCCAUAAGGCUUAGAGAGACUUUUUACUCUCCAGAUGAAAAUUCUGCAGCCUGCCGUAUUCUCCUUGGGAGAAGAAAUACACAGCUGGUUGAUGACUUUCAUUCUUUUGUUUGCCGCUUUGGACUCCUGUGUACCCAGGAGUGCUUAGCAGCAGUCUAGAAGCAGAUUUGUUAGGGCAUCACUUCCAGGAAUUGGCAGAGGUGGUUUUGCAUGGCUGGGAAGGCUGUCUUGGCUAAUGCGCCCCACUCUGCUCCGCGGUUCUACAGUACUCGCCCCCUCCGAGAGACCUUCUAACACUAAUAUACAUUCAUGUAAAAAGGAGUAGACAACAGAGAUGAUAGGACUGCAUCGCAUUCAGAGUGCUUAUACCCCCCUGGUAUGUUCACCAGCAGCCAGGCUGCUUUCUUUCUGACGUCUCUUCAUUCCCCAUAGACAAUGAGAUUCCUCUUCGAGAUCAGCUGUUCACUUCAACCUACCUCUCUAGUCUCUUGGCAAGCAGAUAAGGCAAGUGAUGAAAAGAAGUCACUAACCCCUCUCCUGGCCCCCAGUGACACCCUUAUUGCCAAGGUAACAACAGUAACAGUGACCACAGAAACGUUACUGAUGGUCCUGCCACCAAGUAGUCUGAUGCAAGACUUCAGUCCUUUGAGGCAUGGAACUCCUCAUCUGUCUCAAAUAAGUGUUCAUGCUAUUAUUCUUCCUCUCUGACUCUAAGAUAAAAGGCCCAUCCAAUUCUGGGGUCAUCCUACCCUGCUGGCAUUUCCCCCCUCCCAACAGGAUGUCAUUCUGACCUGAGACUGUUCCCGUUAGGU